AUGCCUUCCCCAGCAGCAGGAAAGGGUGACACCCCCCGCACCCCUACUAAGCUCGGACGAAAGCCACAAUCAUCUGCCCCAAAGCUGAACAAGCCUCAGCAAGGCAAGUCGGAGGACUCCCCCACCCCCGAUGUGCCUGAGCAAGCAGAGGAUGUAAAGCAGCAAGGACAGGAGAAGGCCGAGGACGCGAAGAGUCAAGCGCAAGAUACCGCCGAGGACACCAAGCAGAAGGGUGAGGAAGCUGCCCAAGACACCAAGGGCAAGGCGGAAGAGGCUGCUGAGGACACCACUGGCAAGGUUUCACAAGCUGGAGAUGAACUCGAGCAAGCCGACCCCAAGCCGAUCGACGACGACAACGACGCUGACGAGGAGGCUGACGAUGACGAUGACGCCACACACAAGGCUGGAGACGACGCGGAAGACACCGCUGAGGACACCGCCGACAACACAGAGGACGAUGCAACAGAAACCGCCAGCAAGGCUGCUGAUACCGGCAAGCAGGCUGGUGGAGGUGCAUUGAGCGGUGCCCGCGGUCUCGCUGGCCGCGCAUCCAACCUCGCUGGCAAGGCUAAGCAGGACCCUCAAGGAGCUGCUCAGGACGCCGGCAACGACGUUCAGGAGGGCGCCCAAGAGACAGCGGAAGAUGCGCAGGAAACUGCGGAAGACACCGCUGAGGGUGUUGAGGAUACCGCUGAAUCUGCCAAGGAUACCGCACAGUCCAAGGCUGGUGACGCGAAGGACACUGCUGAAGACACUGCUGAAGACACUGCCGAGGACGCCGCUGAGGAUGUCGAAGGCACUGCAGAAGAUGCAACCGAAGACGCUCAGAGCAAAGCUCAGGGCGCAACCGACGAUGCCCAGAGCAAGGCUCAGGAUGCUACCGACGGCGCCAAGGACGCAGCCGAGGAUGCUACCCCCGACCUGAGCAUGCUUAAGGGUCUCGAAGUUGACGAGGAUGGCAUGAUUAAGAACGCGGACGGCAGGAACGUCGGACGCCUUGUUGAAGGUGAUGCCGAGGACCUCGCUGGUUACCCCAUCGGUGACAACGGCGAGAUCCUUGACGACGAUGGCGAUCUUGUCGGUCGUUGCGAACUUACACCUGAGAUGGCGGAAGAGCAGGCUAAUGAAGCCGUUGACGCCGGUGACAAGAUGCCAAACAUCAGCAUCUUGAAGGGCCUUACCGCCGACCGAUCUGGUCAAAUCCUCAAUGAGGAUGGUGACUUUGUCGGUCACCUCGUUGACGGCGACCCGUCCGCGAUCCAGGGCAAGGAGUUCAACGAGAACGGUGAGAUCCUUGACGAUGAUGGCAAUGUCAUUGCCAAGGCAGAGCUCUCCCCUGAAGCCGCCGAUCUCCCUGCAUACCAGCAAGACGAUGAUGAGGAGGACGAAGAGGAUGGCGGCGCUACUGAGGGCGUCACUGAUGCCGCUGACCAAGCCAAGUCCACCGCCGAAGACAUCAAGGACGGUGCUGAGGAGAAGGCUGCUGACGUAGAGGACGAGCUUCCUGGCGUUGAGGCCCUUGAGGGCAUGGAGAUCAACACCCAAGGAGAGAUCCUCAACGAUGAUGGCGAGGUCGUUGGCAACGUUGCUGACGGUGAUCUUGAGAACAUCGACGACGUCAAGGGCCUCACUGUCAACGACAAGGGUGAGGUUGUUGACAAGGACGGCAACGUUCUCGGCACGGUCGAACUCGCUGAAGGCGCUGCCGACAAGCUGAAGGAGUCUGCUUCCGGUGCUCUCGACACCAGAAUCUUGGAUGGCCUCAAGGUCAACAAGAAGGGCAAGGUCCUUGAUUCUGAUGGCGAGGAGAUUGGUGAGCUCAAGGAAGGAGAGCUCAGCGACUGCGCUGGCAAGAAGAUCAACGACCAGGGCGAGGUCCUCGAUAAGGACGGCAAUGUCAUCGGCAAGGUCGACGUUGUCCCUGGUGAGGCCGCUUUCACUGCCAUCAAGGAGCUCAAAGAGCAACUCGGCGAGACUGAGGAAGGCGAGGAAGAGCAGGGCGAAGAAGAGGAGGGUGAGCCUGAGAUGAAGGAGAUCACCCCCGACAUCGACGAGCUUGAGGGCUUUAAGGUCAACAAGAAGGGUCAAGUCCUCGAUGAGGAAGGCGACCCCAUUGGUGAGCUCACCGAGGGUGACCCUGCCAAGUGCGCUGGCAAGAAGAUCAACGAGAAGGGCGAGGUUGUCGACAAGGACGGCAACGUGCUUGGCAAGGUCAAGGCACUGCCCAAGAUGGUUGAGGCUUCUGAAGUUCCAGAACCCGAGGUCAAGGAAGUUGAAGUCACCCCAGACAUCAACGAACUUGAGGGUCUCAAGGUCAACAAGAAGGGCCAGGUUCUUGACGAAGAGGGCGAGCCUAUUGGUGAACUUUCCGAGGGCGAUGCCUCCGAGUGCGCUGGUAAGAAGAUCAACGAGAAGGGUGAGGUUCUUGACAAGGAUGGAAACGUUAUUGGCAAGGUCAGGGCCCUCUCCAGGAUGGUUGAGCAGCGAAUCGACGAGGCUGAGGAUGCUGCCGAAGAUGCUGGAGAUGCUCAAGACGCCGCCGAGGAUGCUCAGGACGCCGCUGAGGACGCCGCCGAGGAUGCGGAAGACGCUGCGGAAGACGCCCAAGACGACGGCCGUCCGCCUCUGUCCAUCCUUGAUGGCCUUACCGUCAACAAGUCCGGCAAGCUCAUCGACUCCAACGGCAACAUCGUUGGUGAGCUCACCGAAGGUGACGCGAAGAAGCUGUCCAAGUCUGGCACUACCUGCGAUGCCGAAGGUCAGUUCUGGGACAACAAGGGCAAGGUCAUUGGCCGCGCCCAAACUAUUCCCCAGGAAGAAGGCGAGGAGGAAGCUCCCUUCGCUGGCCUUGACGGCCUUGUUGUUGUCAAGGAUGGCUUUGUCGAAGAUGACAAGGGCAACCGCGUCGGCCAGGUCGUCGAGGGAGACGCUAAGAAGCUCGUCGGUCGUUCCGUUGACGAAGACGGUGAUAUCCUUGAUAAGAAGGGAUCAGUUGUCGGCCACGCCGAACGUUACGAUGAGCCCGAAGAGGAGGCUCCUGAGGAGGAGCAGCCCCAGGACUUGUCUAUCCUUGAUGGUAAGACCGUCAACAAGCAAGGCAACGUCAUCGGAGACGAGGGUGUGCCCAUUGCCCGCCUCGUCGAAGGCAACCCCAAGGAACUUUCCGGCCGCAAGAUCAACGAUGAAGGCCUCAUCUUCAACGACAAGGGUAAGCAGAUCGGUCGUUGCGAGCUCAUCCCCGAGAACGAGCGUGAAAGCAAGCCCGAAGGAAUCUUCGCUGGUCUUGAGGGUCUCCGCGUCAUCCAAGGCGGCAUGGUUGCUGAUGAAGAUGACAACACUGUUGGCAGGAUUGUUGAGGGCAACCCCAAGCGUCUUGUUGGCAUGGCUGUUGAUGAGGAUGGUGACAUUCUCGACAAGUACGGCAAUGUCAAGGGCCAUGCUGAGCCUCUUGAGGAUGAAGAGGAGGAGGAGCCCGCCGACCUUUCAAUUCUCGACGGCCUCACCUUGAACAAGCAAGGAUACCUUGUCAACAGCGAAGGCAUCCCUGUCGGAAAGCUCGUCGAAGGCAACCUUGCUGAGCUCGCCGGACGCAAGUCUGAUGGCGAUGGUCUUAUCCACGGUGACACUGGCAAAGUUGUCGGUCGCUGUGACAUCAUCCCUCCCAACGAGCGUCCCGAGCGCAAGGAGGGCCCAUUCGCCGGCUUCGAAGGACUCCGUGUCGUCAAGGACGGAUUUGUCGACGACAACGACGGCAACCGUGUUGGUCAGCUCACCGAGGGUGACCCCAAGAAGCUUGUUGGUCACUCAGUCGAUGAGGACGGUGACAUCAUCGACAAGUACGGUAACGUCAAGGGUCACGCUGAGCCAUGGUCCGAAGAAGAAGAAGAGGAAGUCGAUCUCUCCGCUCUUGCAGGCUGCACCGUCAACAAAGCUGGCAACGUCGUCGACUCCAGCGGAUCCAUUCUUGGUCGCGUUGCUGAGGGUGACCCAACUGCCCUCGCCGGCAAGAAGGUUGACGGCAAGGGCCAGAUCUGGGACAACGAAGGUAACGUCAUUGGACGUGCUGAGCUUGUCCAUGGCCAGAACGGAGGACCCGAGGGCCCCUUCGCUGGCUUCGACGAAGCCACUGUUGUCAAGGACGGUACUGUCCAGACACCCUCUGGUGACAUCAUCGGUCGCAUUAUCGAGGGUGAUGUUAAGAAGCUUGUCGGCCACAAGGUCGAUGAGGAUGGUGACAUCAACGACAAGAACGGCAACGUUAUUGGAAAGGCCGAGCGUUGGGAGCCCGAGGAGAAGGAGCGCCGCAUCAACCCCAUGUCUGGCAUGCGUGUCAACAAGGAGGGUGAGGUACGUGACGAGAACGGCGAUCUUCUUGGUCGUCUCACUGCUGGUGACCUUGGUCACUGCGCUGGUCUCGAGAUUGAUGACAACGGCUAUGUCAUCGACAACGACGGCAACAAGGUUGGUGAGGUUACUCUCUUGGAGAACAUCCAGGAUGAGGAGGAGAUCCCAGAGGAUGAGACCGACGAGGAAAGGCAGCGUCGUGAGGACUCCGAGCUGGCCAAGAAGAUGUCAGCUAUCUGCGAAGACACUCUUCAGCGUGUCCAACCUGUCAUGAAGCAGAUCACUGAGUACAUCGAGCAAGCCGACCGCACACCUCGCGACGAGCUCGACGAGGAGGAGCUUGUCAACAACGUCAAGCCUCUCAUCGAGGAGGGUUCUCGCAUUCUCAACGAAUGCAAUGGCUCGCUCCGCGGUCUCGACCCCGAUGGCCGUAUCGCUGCUCAAGCCAAGGGCCGUCAGCAAACCGGCGAAGCCUCCCCCGAGGAGUACAAGCUGGCCGACAACCUCAAGGAGCUUACUACGUCUGUCGUUACCACUAUCGACAACGCGAAGAAGAAGAUCUCCGACAUGCCCCACGCCAAGAAGAAGCUCAACCCUCUUUGGUCCCUGCUCACCGAGCCCCUCUUCCAGAUCAUCGCUGCUGUUGGUCUGCUGUUGACGGGUGUACUAAACCUUGUUGGCAAGCUGCUCAACGGUCUGGGCCUCGGUGGCCUUGUCAAUGGACUGCUAGGUGGCCUUGGUAUCAACAAGCUACUCGGCGGUCUGGGCCUGGGCGGCCUGGGCGACAUGCUCGGAGGCGGCGACGACAAGAAGAAAAAGAAGGGUGGCAGCGGCCCCAUGAGCAUGGUCGGUGGCCUGCUCGGCAAGAAGUAG